UUCACAUACUGUUUAAAAUGUUGACAAUUUAGGUUAGGCUUAGUCCUAAGCUUUUGCUGUAGGACAAUUUAAAUACUAAUAUUUAACAGUUUCAUUUUCAGAGAAGUUUGUGAAGGCUCAGCAAAAACAGUGUGUAUCGUUGAGUCUCUAACCUCUAUAAAACAAUGGUGGUAGCAGACCAAGGAAAUUGGGUGGCAGAUGUUGUGGUUGUGAUUGAGGGAACAGCAAACAUCAGUCCUUAUAUUGAAAGUUUAAAAAACAAUUAUAUUGUUCCAACUCUUGAGCAUUUUAAUGGUGGACCUUCAGACGAUAGAGACUGUGGAUGUGAUUACAACAGUACGUUAUAUACCUUGGUGGUUUUUAUGGCAGCUGACUGUGCUCCUGAACCUUCCACGACAUGUUUCUCUCCAACACCAAGUACUUCCAAGUUCAUAUCUUGGCUAGAUAAAGUGUCGUAA